AUGGGUCUGCCGGGCUCCAAAGGUCGUCCGGGCAGUCCUGGAAACCAACUUGCUGGGUCGAUGGGUGAUCCGGGCACGGAUGGUUUCCCGGGCUCGACCGGAGAGAAGGGCCUGCAGGGCAGUCUGGGCAAGAAGGGCAAGCGAGGUCCGCCCGGCCGACCAGGCGUCUCGACGAUCGGCCAGCCCGGCGAUGCCGGAAGCCCGGGCCGACCGGGCGACCUCGGAGUGCCGGGCAGACAAGGCCCGGUCGGAGUGAAGGGGGACACCGGCAGGUCCGGAGUGGAGGGAAGGAAGGGUGAAACAGGCCUGCCUGGCUUCCCGGGUCAGGAAGGUCGAGACGGCUUGCGAGGGGAGAAGGGCAACAUCGGCUUCCCAGGGCCACAAGGGCUUACUGGUCAAAAGGGAGCAAAAGGCUGGCCAGGCCCUCUCGGUAUACCAGGACGACCAAUACCGGGUGGCCCCGGAAUUCUCGGACAAAAAGGAGCCCAAGGCAGUCCAGGGUCCAUAGGGCAAAAGGGGGAAAGGGGAUUUCCAGGUAAAUCCAUUCUUUAA